UGUUAGAUGAGCGUUCGAUUAUCCUCAUCCAAAGAAAAUAAAACAAAAAGCCUCUCAAUUUUUUCGAACCAACGCAAAACUUGAAAUAAGCUUGCGACAAACAGAUAACUUGUCGGUUAAUCAAACGCCACCGUAUCUCUUUCUUCUAUAUACAUUCCUCUCCCUCGCUCUUCCCCAAAAUAUUUCCAUAGAAAGCGAAGAAGCUUCAAACGACGACGUAGAGAACUAUGUCUUACGAUUAUCUUUUCAAGUACAUAAUCAUCGGUGACACUGGCGUAGGGAAAUCAUGUUUGCUUUUGCAAUUUACGGACAAGAGAUUUCAACCUGUUCAUGAUCUAACCAUCGGUGUUGAGUUCGGUGCUCGGAUGGUCACCAUAGAUGGCCGACCCAUCAAGCUUCAGAUUUGGGAUACUGCUGGGCAAGAAUCAUUCAGGUCCAUCACCAGAUCUUACUAUAGAGGAGCAGCAGGGGCUCUUCUGGUCUAUGAUAUAACCAGGAGAGAGACAUUUAAUCAUCUAGCAAGCUGGUUGGAAGAUGCACGACAGCACGCAAAUCCCAACAUGACAAUCAUGCUAAUUGGGAACAAGUGUGAUCUUUCUCACAGGAGGGCUGUUAGCAAAGAAGAGGGUGAACAGUUUGCAAAAGAAAAUGGGCUUUUGUUCUUGGAAGCAUCUGCGAGAACAGCUCAAAAUGUUGAGGAGGCCUUCAUAAGGACUGCUGCAAAAAUCCUUCAAAACAUUCAGGAAGGAGUCUUUGAUGUAUCCAAUGAGUCAUCUGGUAUCAAGAUCGGCUAUGGCCGUGCCCAAGGUCCAUCAAGUGCAAGAGAUGGAACAGUUGCUCAGAGUGGUGGCUGUUGUGGUUCAUAGAAUGGAAACAAUCUUUUACACGUAUUUGAUCCUUCUGUCCAAUUCAUUUCUACAUCACAUUGCUUUGAUGAAUAUAAUCCUUAAAGGUGUUGUUGAACUUAGCAAGAAAACUGAACUUAUAGAGCUAGUCUUUUCUUUUCUUUUCUGUUCUUUGUACUGAACUAGGAAUUCAUAUGUUACGACUCAUUUUAAUUUAAUUUGAAUCAUUUGCACUGUAACAUAUAAACGAA